ACCUCCAACAAUUUGUGAGAGCCCCGUGCCUCCUUGACUGCAUCCACAUGCUAACUUCGCACAAAAUCGUGUAGCACGAGAAGCCUCCCGUGUGUUCACCGCCACUGUUACAAGCAAGAGAGCAACAGCCACAUCAAGCUGUUCAAUCCUUCAACCUGCCGUCUUUGUCCAGCUGCGAGUUGAUUCGAUCCACAACGGAGCUCUACUACUAGUAUCUUUCCUUUGAUACCUCACCUGCCUAAUACCAUUCUACCUUCAUUAUCAUUAUACCCAUCAAGAUGAUCUCUCGCAGCCAACUGCUUCUUUCACUGCUGAGCUUCUCAAUACUAAUAUCGUCAGUGGAGAGUGCCAAGCUCAAGACGGUGAUAUCCAGUUCGCAGAGAGAAGCUCGUCGUCAACAACAACUGCAAGAAGAACGAAACUUGCAAAACAACAACAAAAACAACGACAAGAAUAAUAACGACAAGGACAACGACAAGAACAGCAAUGUAGCUACUGUCAAUACAAGAGCUCCCACUCUAAAGCCCACAGAACACCCUACGCAACAACCUACAGAGUACCCCACAUUAUCUCCUGUCACUCCACAUCCGACACUACCUCCCACGGAUGCUCCUGUAGAUCUCCCUACGGUGUCGCCGCGGGAAGUCGAGUCGAGUAGCAUCUCCUUGUCCAUGGACGAUCUCAAGGAGAUUCAGUACUUUGGGGGCACCGAAAUCACACUCCGUCUCUCCCUGUGGUUUCAAGAUCGUUCAUCCGCUUCCCAAGUCUCGGGCGGUGCCGUAGAACAGGCGGUAUUGAAAUCACUCCACAGCCUUAUUUGUCAAGAAGAUACCGCCGAGGAAGCCAAUCAAGCACAUCUGGAAUUCAUGACACUCUUUGAUAAAGAGAGCAAUCCCGAUGAAGAAGAUCGAGAACUCUGUGUCGUCGAUACCGAGCUGCACAAUAGCAACAAUCAAUUCCGACAAGUCACGGAAGGAUCCAUUCUCUUUCAACCGCCCAACACGGUUGUCAUUGACCAAUCGCAGGAAGAUUUGCAAUGGACCACUUGGCGCAUCACUUGGGAUGUCAUGCGUCUCGGCACUUCCUACAUAUUGCAAGGGCUUGAAAACGCGGGCGAGGAUGUAGGCUCCUUGACGCAAGAACAAAUUUACAGGGCUGGUGUUCAGGCCAUGCAGGGGAUUUUGGAAUUGGCACUGCAAGUUAGUAUUCGAGAACAAUCGUACGAUCAACUCAUUGUCGCCAACAUGGGCACGCUGGGACAAGAAGAUUUGGGCGUUGUCUUGGCGAGUGUGUAUGGAGAAGAAGUACAGACAUUUGAACCCAAGCUCGAGUGGUUGGGACUGGCACAGGCAACCGAUCCUUCGGAUGGCAGCGCGACAGUAUCGGGCAAUGCACAAGCCGGACCCGCGGUGACAUUUAGCAAUGAUCCUGCCGAUGUGAUUCCGCCGACGGUCACCACCACUGCCACCGAUUCGUCUUCCUCUUCGGUUCAGGUGGUGGAAAUUGCUGACGGGGAGGAUGAUGGAUACGAUGACGAUCGGUAUUCGGACGAAUACGGCAUUACGGAACCGAUUGAUCCGCCAUUUUGGCAUCCGCUGCGGAUUGUGGGCAUUCUCAUGUUUAUCUUCACGACUAUGAGUCUUGUGGGCCUCUCGUACCUGAGCAAGAGACGGCAAGCACUACGAGAACUGGAGCGCAAAAUGGCCAAGGAAGGACUCUUGAAUAACCCCCAAGGAGUCGAGGAUAUGCUCCGGGCGUCGGUACGAGAUCCCGUGUCCACCAAGUCCAAAACCCAAUCGCAAGAGGUGGACGACUCGCAAGAUAUGGAUGAGGAAGAAGAAGGAUUCAACAUUCCUAUGCCGAUCAACCUGAAAGCGAACUAGCUAGCCAAAGUCUUCCACUUCCACUGGAGCAGCCGUCUCACGAAGAGCGAAGGACCGGUACAGUACUGCCAGGAUCUGCCAACGAGAAGGUGCAAACUACUAGUACCUGCGGUUUGACUUUGGAGUCUUCAAGACGUAACACUGAUAUUAUUAUAUGUGCUUCUUUGUUGCGGGAGGUCCCAAAGCCAGUAGUUUUCCAUCAAUAAGUAGCUCAUACAAUUAGACUAUGUUUCAUUAGUG